AUGGCCCCUCCGCCACCCUACCUGAUAGCGACUGCCGCCCAAGAUGUUCCUACUUCAUUCGCCGCCUUCGUAGCAGCUACAGCAACAGCAGCAGUCGACGCAGCAGCAAACACAAUGAUCCCUAUCGCGACCCCGACAGAAGCCCUCGACGGCGCCGUCGCGACUUUCACGAGUGCUGUCGCCGCGGCCACGGCUACCCACGCUGCAACACAGGGCGAAGAAGGUGGUAAUGGCGAGUGCAGCCUGCUCGGUUCCUUUGCCCUCAUUGUCCAGGCGGCCCUGGGCGGCCUUGCCUUGCUGUCGUUGGUUUUCAAGCGCUGGAGAGAGCGGCCACAACGUCCAGUCAAGAUCUGGUUCUUCGAUGUUUCGAAGCAGGUGUUUGGCUCGGUUCUCGUCCACAUCGCCAACAUCUUCAUGUCAAUGUUGACGUCAGGCCGCUUUUCUGUGACACUGGACCCCGCAACCACGGCCAACGCGCAGAGGUUGAUGAGACGCGGCGAGGACUACACACCAAACCCGUGCUCCUUUUACCUGCUCAAUCUCGCUAUUGAUACCACCAUCGGUAUCCCCAUCCUCAUCGUACUUCUCCGCGUUCUGACAGGCCUCGUUGCCUACACACCCCUGGGCAAGCCUGAGGAGUCGAUCCGGUCCGGCAACUAUGGCACACCUCCCAACGCCUGGUGGUGGUUGAAGCAGUCCUUCAUUUACUUCUGUGGCCUGUUUGGCAUGAAGUUUUGCGUCCUCAUCAUCUUCCUCCUCCUGCCCUGGAUCUCGCGCGUCGGCGACUGGGCCUUGCGGUGGACCGAGGGCAACGAGCAGCUGCAAAUCUUCUUCGUCAUGAUGUUCUUCCCGCUCGUUAUGAACGCCAUGCAGUACUACAUCAUCGACUCUUUCAUCAAGCAACCGCAGCACGAACACGAGCGACUUCCAGAGGAUGACCCCGAUUGGAGCUCGAGACACGCAGGUGUCAGCCCGUACGACGACGCCGACUCGGCAAGCGAGGAGGGUGCGAAUUCGGACGAUGGAGCGAGCUUGAAGCUGAAGAAGGCGAAACAUGCGGAUGAUGCCGAAUACGACCCCGACACGGACGGCGACGCGCCAACGGUCAUUGGUAGCAGCUCUAGCCGGACAAAUCACCAGAGAAGGGAUAAGGAUAUCUCGGCGGAGCUGUUCCCAAAGGAGUGA